AUGUUGAGCGUUCCUAGGACGUUGCUUAGGAUAGCCCCGUUAGUACGGGAUUGUUCCGGUGCGUCGGCCAUUGUUGCGUGGGAUGAGGUGCGGUUGCGACGACGGACAAUCGGGUCCGAAUAUGGCUGGGGGAGAUGUCCUGUUGCCUGGGUGUGGCUCCGCGUGUGCUAUCGGGCGGAACUUCUUGGAGGCCGUGGGGUAUCAGCCUUGGACUUGGCGGCCAGGAUUUAA